CGGCCACCUCCGGCGAAUAGGCCAGUCGUAAGCCCAAUGCCGAUUCGCUCAGCUUUCAAUCUCAAUGGAAACCCUAACCCUAAUUAUUAUCCAGGGAUUUUAGUGGAUGACUUGUUUCCCAAAGAGCCUGAUAUUCUCCUUCCCCUGCCAAGAAGUUCAUGUUAUCAAUAUAGAUGGCUGGAUUUUUUAGGACAACCGUGGCCUCCAAACAUGCCAGAAAUUCCUUAUUCUACCAUCUGGGGAUAAUCAGUUAAUGUGCAAAAUGGCACAACUCCUUAUAACAUUUCUCCUAUGGGAAGUCGUAAAUCCCCUUACAAUAUUUCUAAGGAAUCAGAUUUUAGUGAAAGACUCAGUACUUGUAACAUCUCGGGGCAUCAUGUUGUUUUAAAAAUGGUGUAGCACCUUAUUUUCCGUUUCAGAAACCAUUACAUAAAAGCAUGUUGUGUGGGACAGAUAGAGAACCUUUUUAUCUUCAUGAAGACACUGAAGAAGGAAGAAAUAGUAGGAAAGGGGAACCAUUUUAUCUUCAUGAAGAAACUGAAGAAGGAAGAAAUAGUAGGAAAGGGGAAAUGGAAGCAAACAAUAAUCAACGAGCACACUUGGAGCAAGUAGAAGUCGCAAACCAGUUCAAGUCGGAUGAACAUGCAGAACAUAAAUUUACUAGUCUCCCUCAUGCUAUUGAUGCAAGUAUUCAUGCUGAUAUUGUUGGGGAAAUUGGUUCUUCUUUUCUCAUGCCUGAAGCUGCACCACUGAGUGCCAUACUGGAGGCACUACGACGCCUAUCAGGCAACCUUUUGUCACCUGACUUUGUUUCUAUUAAACUGAAGGGUCAUGAUCAUGACCUUCUCCGUUUACUAAUUGACAACAUAGUAGCAUUUGCCAUGAGGAACAAAAAGGAUGUUAACAGGAGGAAUGCUCAUGAUUCUAGGCCAAUUGCUGGAUUAAAUAGUGAUUUCGGUGGUAAACAGAAACAUGAUUCCUGUACCAGGGAUGAGAUGAUUCAUUCUGUUACAUUGGAGAUGCUCAAGGAGGAGGUCGACCUUUCUUAUGAUCACAAUUCAUCUGAUCUUUGUAAUCAUGAAAAUGUGGUUAAGAACAAUGUCAGUGAUGGUAAAGAAAGCUUUCAGGCAGAGGUAUAUAAGAAACUAUGGAUCAAAGCUGAGGCUGCCUUGUGCAUAAUGAAGCUACAAUUUGCUCAAAUCGAGAUCAAUGGAGAGAGUCACAACCACCAAACAGAAGGAAACCUGCAACAAUCAUCUGAAGUCUCAAGUCCGGAGGACUCCAUGUAUUAUAAGCAUGAGGCACCAAUCAUUACGAAGAAGAAGAAUCCUGUAGCAGCAGAGGAUGCAUCUGUUCAGGCUGGACUCAAAGUUUUGAAAGACCGAGAUAACAUAGCAAACUCUACAGCAAAAAACAUUGAGCUUACACCUGCUAAGAUUGCUGUGGAUAGAGUGUUAACAUCGGGAAACCUGGGUGCUGCAAACUCCUCAGAUUUGGAACUUAGUGAAGAUACAUUCUACACUGAUAUGAAUAGAUCUGAAAUUAAUGAUUCAAUUGGAAACAAUGAUGAGGAAAAAGAAGGCCUAGAUUUUUUCGUAAGUUCGAGCGAUGAAGAACUAGAUUCAUGCAGAAAGAAACCUAAUUCUGGUGAUGAAGGCGAUGGCUUCUCCUCUGACUGGGAGCUUGUUUGAGGUCCAAACUCUCGCCUCCAUUGCAGGGAUCAUUUUGAUGUAUCUGCAAACUGAAAGUAGGUUAGUUUGAGAACUUCUGCUGGAAUUUUAAUUUAUGCACAUUGAACAUUGAAUCUGGUAGUUUUUCUUUUUUUAGUGAAUAAGUAGAUUAGUAGUUCAUCAAAUUUUGCAUUUGAACUAUGCUUAUUUGCUAAUAUGCGUUUCAUUUGGCUAUUCAGCUUGUACUUCUUCAUGUUUAAUAC